AACUUUGUGAAAUUUUUUCAAAAAAAAAGAAAAAAAAAAACUAGGAUUUUCUUUGCCAAAGAUCCAUAUGCAUUUACUGGUCCAACCACCACGACCAUUGGCAAAUGUUUCAAUUAUUUCCUAAACCUUUCCUUUUCUCUUUACCAUGUUUCAUAUUCAGAAUCUGUUAGCAGCAAAGAAACGAAACGAUGAGUAGCACAUCCUUUAAGGUUGCCGUGUUGGGAAGUGGAAUUUCAGGAGCCGUGUGUGCUUCAACUCUUGCCAGAAAUGGGGUUUCUGUUACUCUCUUUGAGUCAGCUAGAGGCCCUGGUGGACGCAUGUCCCAAAGAAGGGAGAAAACUGAAGAUGGGAAGGAGCUGCAUUUUGACCAUGGUGCUCCAUUUUUCUCGGUUGGCAACUCUGAAGUGUUACGCCUGGUUGAAGAGUGGGAAUCAAGGGGUCUUGUAGCUGAAUGGAAAGAAAAAUUUGGCUUCUUUGAUUUUCACACCCAUAAAUUUAACAACAUAGAACAGGAAGGAUUAAGCAAGAGAUAUGUAGGUGUUCCAGGCAUGAAUGCUAUCUGCAAAUCAUUGGGAAGUGAGAAUGGUGUGGAAAGCAAGUUUGGUGUGGGUAUUGGAAGAAUUGAAUGGUUGCAUGAUGAGAAAGAGUGGUCACUGACAGGAGUGGAUGGGCAAAAUCUUGGUCAGUUUAAGGGGCUUGUUGCAUCAGACAAGAACAUAGUUUCUCCCAGGAUUACACAAGUAACAGGACGGUUGCCACUACUUGAUACAAAUUUAGUGCCAGAGUUGUCAGAAAAGCUGCUCAACCUUCCUGUUAAGCCAUGUUUCAUUGUUAUGCUGGCAUUUGCAGAGCCUCUAUCUACAAUUCCAGUCAAAGCCUUUUCUUUUGAAAAUUCUAAAGUUUUAAGUCGGGCUUAUUGCGAUAGCAGCAAGCCUGGUCGUUCUACUGCAAGUGAAAGAUGGGUUCUUCAUUCUACACCAGAAUACGCUGAGGAUAUAAUUGCUCAAACUGGACUUAAGAAGCCCUCAGACAUUACACUCAACAAAGUGGCUGAACAGCUUUUGCAAGAAUUUCAAAGCACAGGGCUUGUCAUAUCUCAACCAUUUUUCAAGAAAGCUCAUAGAUGGGGGAGUGCAUUUCCAGCUGCUAGUAUUGCCCCAGAGGAAAAAUGUCUUUGGGAUAGAAACAAGAAACUAGCCAUCUGUGGAGACUUCUGUGUCAGUCCUAAUGUUGAAGGUGCCAUAGAUAGUGGUUUGGCAGCUGCAUUAAAGCUUAGAGAUAGUGUCAGCUCUUUAUAGUUGGAGCCUUUGUUAUCAUCGAGUCCAGAUUCUCUUCUGAAUUUUUUUGUAUUAUUUUCUACAAAAAUACCCUGAUGAUAAUACGAAAAAUUCCAUUAGAAAAUCCAAAUUUGCUAUCUUAAGUCCUUUGGGAUUGGCUUUUUCUGGGAAAUUCAUGUUAAAAAAUUGUUUUAAGACAUCAUUGUAUUGUAAGCAUAAUAAGGUAAAGCAUCUGUCAUGUGCACUAA